GUUCCUUGUAAGCGAUUUUCUGUGAUUGUGUAACAAACACGUUCAAGGGGGAAUUAAUAUCAGUCUAGGUAGUCGCGAUAAAAAAUUUAUUAGUGUACACAGAUGAGUUAGAACGAGGUUGAGAAAAAAUGGGUCGAGAUUUUAAAAAUGUCGAGCAAAAUCCGUUCAUAAGUGGGGAUUCUCACCAUGUAGAAAUCGGCAAGAAAAACCCACAGACGAGGCCAAGAGCAAGAAGAAAAUACAUAAUAGCCCCAGUGAUACUAGUGAUAGUGAUAGUAAUUUUAGUGUUAGCUUUUACGACGAAUGUAUUCUCGAAGAAGACUCAGGGGGUAUUGGUACCUCCGAAUCCGACCAAGCCUCUACCACCAUCUGCUUCCACACUGCACGUGAUGGAUAAAGGAGCCAUUUGUGCAGAUGGUCCACCCUGUGCAGAAAUUGGAAAGUAAGUGAAUCAUGCAGUAUGC